GUCGGGAUUCGGGCCGCAUCAUGGACCUCUCCCAGCUCUGCGCGCUGCUGGCGCUGCUGGCAAUGGCCCGCGCGGGGGCCUCCGACCCAGCCGGGACCAGCCCGCCGGCCGGCCUCGAGAUCUACAAGAAGUUGUUUGCAGUGAAACGCAAGGACCAGAUGAAGGCCCUGAAGAACCUCAUCGAGCUGAACGACAUCCACCAGCAGUACAAGAUCAUCGACGUCAUGCUCAAGGGGCUCUUCAAGGUGCUGGAAGACUCCCGGACCACCCUGGUGGCAUCCGACAUCUUCCCAGAUGGUCCCUUCCCAGAGGACGAGAAGCUGAAGGACGCCUUCUCUCACGUGGUGGAGAACACCGCCUUCUUCGGUGAUGUCGCCCUGCGCUUCCCCAAGAUCGUGCAUCACUACUUUGACCGGAAUUCCAACUGGAACCACCUGAUCCGCUGGGGCAUCAGCUUCUGCAACCAAACGGGCAUCUUCGACCAGGGCACCUACUCCCAGCUUCUCAGCCUGAUGGCUCAGGAGCUGGGGAUUGGGGAGAGGUCCCCGGAUUAUAGGAAUCCCUUUACAACAGACCACUCAGAGACCUUCUCUGCUACAGACACCUUCCAGAAGGCCCUGAAGGAUGAGGAGCGGCGCCGGAAGAAGGAGGAGAAGAGGAAGGAGAUCCGAAAGGGCCCCCGAAUCUCUCGCUCUCAGACAGAGUUAUAGCCCAGUGCUUGCGCCCAGGCUGGCGGGCCGGGCUUCCCGAGGAGGAGGCGAUGGGGCUGAAGGAUGGGCUGCCUUGCCUCCCUCAGGAUGGAGGAUCUCCUGGCCUACCGGGGGACCGGCAGCUGAGACCGAAAGCCCUCAUCCCAAAGGGAGGACCACAGUCCCUGCGGGAGUAAGGACGCCCCACCAGAAGGGGCCCAGGCUGCCCCUUUCAAGCCCGGAACCUUAAUAAGCCCAUUUUCUCCCUGGAGAAUCGCUUGCCCUGCCAACCAAAGAAGUGGGUGGGCAUCCUAGACUGAAGUGAUCCAGGCUGGAGCCUCGGCCUGGCAUCCCCUUUGCCAAGAGAGCCACAUCAGGGGCACCUGCUGGGCUCCCUGGUACAACUCGCCGUGCCAAAUGAGCCCGUUUUUGCAAAGACACAAUAAAUUCAGCAAGUUUUUUGGAUACA